AAAAAGCAAAACACCUUAGACACUAGAAAUCGAAAUCUUCAUCUGCACCUGGUCUUAAAGUCAGUAGAGUAGAAGACGAAAGAUUAUUUUUGCUUCUUCUUUUUGCAAGUUGACAGUCAACUUUUUCCCCGAAACCUCAAGUUAAUUUAGGUAUUAUGGCGGCUUUGGAAGAAAAUGAAGACUUUAAACAAGAAACAUUGGUCGACAUUCUGCCUCUUUAUUACAACAGACUUUUCCCCUGCGAAAGCUUCAUCAAAUGGCUCGCUUACGGCAAAGAUGACGAUCUUGAGAAAAGAGAGUUUUCAUUCACAUUGGAUGGGGACGUUUAUUUGCGCUUCUUGUGCUUCAAGGAUGCCGUCGAAUUCAAAGAGGAGCUGAAAAGAAAGAAGCCAAUUAAAAUUGAUAUUGGUGCAGUCUACAGUAAUUCGCUGAAGGAUAAAAGAAUAACACAGAAAACUCCAAUUGAGAGAGAAUUAGUCGUUGAUAUUGAUUUGACGGAUUACGAUGAUGUCCGAACGUGCUGCAAGGAAGCCCGUGUUUGCAACAAAUGCUGGAAGUUCAUGGUAGUGGCUGUCAAAUGCUUGGACGCGGCCCUCAGAGAUGAUUUUGGCUUCAACCACCUGCUCUGGGUUUUCUCCGGCCGCCGUGGAAUCCAUUGUUGGGUGUGCGACGAGGAAGCACGGGUCUUGUCCGCUUGGGAGAGAGGCUGUGUUGCACAGUACCUGUCCUUACUUCACUCUGACACAAAAUCUACAAGGCGAAUUAGUUUGAAUAGUGAGAGACUCGACCCUCCUUCCUCACGAGCUGUGGACAUUGUCAAAACGCACUUCAAAGAAAUUAUUUUGGAUGAGCAAGAUGUACUUGAAACGCCAAAAGGUGUUCAGUACCUCUUGGACUUGGUGCCUGAUGAUAAUUUGCGACAGAAGUGUGAAAAAGCCAUGGAGGAUAAGUGCGACUCGGCUGACAAGUGGAAAGCCUUUUGUAAGACUGUCCAGUACCACAAUCAAGAGGAUGAAAAGGUCAAAAAGGGUAGAUGGCGCCGAAGUCAAACUACCCUUCUGAUUGAGGAAAUCAUGCUGCACUAUUUGUACCCUCGGCUUGACACGCACGUCACCACUGGGUUGAACCACUUGUUGAAAGCGCCCUUUUGCAUCCACCCCAAAACUGGAUACGUUUGUGUUCCUUUCAACCCAAAGCAAGUGGCAAAGUUUGACCCUUUGGCCGUGCCAAAAAUCAACAUCCUUCUGCAAGAGUUGCGAACAUUCGAUGAAAAUGCAGAGCGUGGUGACGAGUCCAACGUUCGUGAGUACAGAAAGACCAGCAUGAACCGUAGCGUUGCUCUUUUCGAUGAGUUUGUCUACAAACUUGCCAGGAUGAACAAUGACCCGAUGGAAUUUUAAUUUGCUCACUUGAUAAAAAAAAAUCAAUCAUAUUUUUACAAAAAAAUCUUAAAUUAAUUUUAUUCAAAUCUUAAGAUUAUUCAACACACUGGCGCACCACUGAAAUGGUAAACCGUAGAAACACAGCUGGAUAAUAUAUAUAAAGCCUUCCGUCUCAUCACUUGUGUAUUAUUUGUAAAAAAAUCAGUUCAAAAUUGGCACGAUCUGCCAGGUCUACUCGCAAUUUGAUGGCAAAGUUUUGGUGAUGACACAAUCUCACCGAGGAAUACACUAAGCAAGAAAAACUUUUUACGGCUGCCCGCGUAGUGCUCGUACUCUCUGAAAUCAUUCAGUAAAAUCCCAUUUUAGAAUUUAAUUCAUAUUACAAAUAUAAUCAAAAUUACUUGACCACGUCCUCCCAGUCCAGAGCUUUGCUGUGCUUUGAGUACUUGUUGCAAAUUUCCUCAAAGAGGCAAACGUCUGGGCCCAUCUCGGAUACGAGCUGGUGCUCAAUGUUGGCAAGGUCAAGAUCAUCGCUCUGGUACUUGCUAUUUCUUAGGUGCUCCCUGAGAAGACUGCCGUCUAAAGUACCUCGGCGAACUCGACCAACGUAUGUUUCUGUGGGUGAAA